AUGUACGUUCCUUUCGGCAAAAGCAAAAUAUUAGCAAACAAAUUAAAUCAAGUUUAUUUUAAUUUGCCUGAAACUGAAAAAGAGGAAUUGUUUUAUAUUAUUGAUAUCAAACCUUUUGGAAUUCUUAAAGUUCCCAAGCAAAAAACUGAUCUAAAAAAAGAACUUCAAGAGAAAUUAAAUUAUUUCCAAGCCGAAUAUGAACGUGCUCAAAACUUAUUAAAUAAUGAAAAUUUUGUCAAAAAAGCCCCUGCUGAUUUGGUAGAAAAAGAAAAAAAGAAGUUAAAUUAUUUUACUGAACAAAAGAAAAAAGUUUUAGAACAAUUGGAACAAAAAAAUAAUUAA